AUGAGCCCGGUGUUGUACUAUGCCCUGCCCGCCCUGGGCAGCUAUGUCAUGCUCUCCGUCUUCUUCCUGCGCCGGCCUCGCCUGCUGCACACGCCCUGGGCACCAGCCUUCCUGCCGCGCCUGGGAGCCCACCGGGCAGGAUCCGGGGAGCGGCUGGAGCACACCAUGGAGGCCAUGGAGAACUCCGUGGCCCAGCGAUCCGACUUUCUGGAGCUCGACUGCUGGCUGACCCGGGAUGGUGUGGUGGUGGUGUCACACGACGAGAACCUGUUUCGCCUGUCAGGCGUGAACAGGGACGUGAGCAGCCUGGACUUUGAGGAGCUGCCCCUUUGCAAAGAGGAGCUGGAGGUUUACUUCUCACCAGGCCACUUUGCACACGGGACAGACCGGCGCAUGGUGAGCCUGGAGGACGUGUUCCGGAGGUUCCCUCGGAUGCCCGUGAGUGUGGAGGUCAAAUCAGUAAAUGAAGAGCUCAUUAACAAGGUAGCAGGCCUGGUGAGGCACUUUGACCGCAAUGAAAUCACCAUCUGGGCCUCAGAAAAGAGCUCAAUCAUGAAGAAGUGCAGGGCUGCCAACCCCGAGAUGCCGUUCGCCUUCACGAUAAGCCGAGGAUUGUGGUUGGUGCUGCUCUUUUACCUGGGGUUGCUGCCCUUCGUCCACAUCCCCGAGAGGUUUUUCAUCUGCUUCCUGCCCACCACCAUCAAUAGGACCUACUUCCCAUUUUCCUACUCUGGGCUGAACAAGCUGGCAGCUGUGGUUUCCAAAUGGUUAAUCAUGAGGAAGAGUCUGAUCCGACACCUGGAACAGCGAGGAGUGCAGGUGAUCUUUUGGUGCCUCAACGAAGAGUCGGAUUUUGAAGCCGCCUACGGCCUGGGGGCCACCGGCGUCAUAACUGAUUACCCUACAGCACUGAGGCGCUACCUGGACACCCGCGGAGGAGCUGCCCAGGUCUCCUAAAAGCCCGGAGGCCCUCACCCUCUCCUCUAUGUCUCUUCCCCAAUAAAUACCUUCUUUUGAGUCACA